AUGUAUCCAGAAAAGUACGGCCCCGUAUGGAAUCUCCGAGACAAGCGUUGUGGUGCACUCGGCAUCAAGGUGGGUAUGAUGCCCCUCUUUGACGAUUGGGGCGUCCGCCAUCCCUGUACGAUUCUGUUUUUGGACAACAAUGUCGUUUUGGGCCAAAAAAGUAUAGAACAACACGGAUACUGGGCUGUGCAGAUUGCCGCUGGGCAGCGCAAACGAAAGAACGUGGGCGUUUCCGUGCUCGGACAGUACAAGCACAUUCUGGAGGACGAGAACGAGAAUCCUCCCUACCUGGUUCGUGAAUUCCGUGUGUCGGAUGGUGCCCACUUGGUACCGGUGGGGGCGAGAAUUCACGCCCGUCACUUUGUGCCCGGUCAGAACGUGGACGUUUCCGGAAUUUCCAAAGGAAAGGGCUUUCAAGGUGCCAUGAAGCGACACAAUUUCGGAGGAAUGCCCGCCUCGCACGGUGUUUCCAAAUCGCACCGAGCUCUGGGUUCCACUGGACAGUGCCAAGAUCCUGGGAAAGUCUUCAAAGGGAAAAAGAUGGCGGGUCGCAUGGGAACCGAGCGAGUCACGGUGCAGAAUCUGCGAGUCGUCAAGGUGGAUCGCGGACGAAAUUUGCUCUUUUUGGAAGGUGCUGUGCCCGGCAAUAAAGGCGCCUUUGUGGAAAUACGAGACGCCGUCAAAAAG